CAGAGGACCCUGGGCCAGUGCUUGAGCCUGCCAAUAGUUCGUCUGUUUUUUCAUUUUCCUUUUGGAACAUAUCCCAAGCGGGAUUAUAAGGUGGUGGAAUGCUCCCCAGAUUCUGGGAGUAUGAAAUUAAUGUCCCGGCAUCUUCUUCUAUCCGGGGUUCUGCUCUUUGGGGCUCUUCUGCUCUCUGUGGCCCUUCUGCUCUCUGUGGCCCUUCUGCUCUCUGUGGCCCUUCUGCUCUCUGUGGCCCUUCUGCUCUCUGUGGCCCUUCUGCUCUCCGUGGCUCUUCUACUCUAGGCUCAUCCGUGAAAGGGCUCUGCCGGCGAGACCCUUCCUGUGCAUGAGAAUAGUGAACAGGAGCAUAACCAAGUACAUU